AUGAAAGAUCCAUUAAUGUUUGAUGAAGAACAAAGAGAUCAAUUGCAAUGUGAAAUGACUACUGAAUUACAAUCUCUACUACCACAUAUCUCAUUACUAACAGCAACUAUUUUAUUUAUUCGAUGUUAUAAUUUAUGUUCUCAACAGAUGACUAAUAUAAUCGUUAAAAAAUUUAGAAAUGAAUCACUUAACAAACAAAGUCAAAUUGAAGAAGCAGUAUUCAUUGCAUUGAGACAACUCAAAAAUUCAAAUCUUUCACAUUGUUUAUCAGAGUUUGCUAAACGACAAGACAAUUUAUCUGAUCUACUUCAAUUGAAUUCAACGAUAUUCUUUCACUAUUUUAAUAAAACAACAUCAUUCGAUUCAUCGAAUAAUAUUCUUCUAUCUUUGAUGUAUCUGUUUGAAUUAACUUUUGAUGCUGAAAUUCUCAGAAUGUAUGUAAAAGAUAAUCAGAAAAAUGAUAUUUUACCUUUGAAGGAACUAAAACAAUUUUGGAAUGAAUCAUCAAAAGAUAAGAAAAUUAUGACAUAUAAACUUGCAAUAUGGAUUACGAAUAAUUUGCAAAUGUUAAAUAAACAAGAUCUUUAUCAGAUUAUACAAGAUAUGUCUAAAUGUUCGACGAUCGAAAGAAAAGCUCUUACAGUGAUUGAGAAAUGGCUCGACUAUCAAGAUCGAUAUCAUAAAUGA